CGGUUGUUGCAGAGUAUUGAAAGAUGGCACCAGCAUACAAGGUAUCUUACUUCAACAUUACCGCUCUUGGACAGCCUAUAACAUUCCUUUUUAGCUAUGGAGGAAUUGAAUUUGAAGAUAUUCGUAUCGAAAAGGAACAGUGGCCUCAGCACAAGUCAAAGAUGUUUAUAAAGUUUCUGCAAUCUUGCGACUCGCAAAUAUUUUUCUCCACAGAAAUGCCUUUCGGACAAAUGCCAGUAGCCAAACAAGUAAAGUUGCUAGGCAAAGACGAUUGGGAAGAUUUGGAAAUUGAUGCUGCUGUUGAUAUUGUCAAUGAUCUGCGUCAAAAAUUGGGAGGUUAUGAAGUUGAUGAAAAAAUCAAGAAAGCCAGAGGUGAAAUCCUAUCCAAAGAGACCUUGCCUUACUAUAUAGAAAAACUAAAUGCCCAAGCUGAGAAGACUAGUGGGCAUUUGGCUUGCAAUCGUGUAAGUAUCCCGGCAUCAGUAUCUGGAAUGCCUAUUUGCUAACAUAGCAGACAAUCGAUAGUUUUCUUGAGAAGUACUAAAAAUUGUGUCAUUACCCUUUAGUUUCGUUGUCUUUAUUUCCAAAUAUGUUUAGGAGCUUUGGAAACGAUAACACAUUUGAGCGGAAUUGUCGCUCGUUUGAUCAUAUCUCCGCCAAAACUGGUGUAAUGGAAUUACCAAAACAGCAAAUAAAGCUGUCAAGUUACUCGGUCUUUUCUUUGAUGAUUGUAUUAAGACAUGGAAAUCUUAA